AUGUCAUACAUACCACCAUCAGUACCGUCAGACCCCGCCCCACCAACCCUCGUCGACCUCUGGCUCACCGAAAAGCACACCUUCGUACACGGAAACGCGUGGCGUUGGACCGACACCGGUUUCCUCGUUCUCUUCAUCCUCCUCUUCCUCUUCAUAAUCGGCCUAGUCUGCCAAGACGCAGAUCUAACAGUCGAGCUCCUGGAGCUCAAAGAAGGCACAUAUGCAAAGCACAUCGGAGGCACAGUCAUGGCAUACUUCGACGAAGGCAUUCGCAACGACCUCUUGCAAAAAUACAUCAGGACGGGGCUCGCGAGAAGUAAGAUGAGACUAAAGCGCGAAAUCACGGCUGAAUUAAUCGACGCAUAUCGGAAACGACAGCGGAAAGAUGGUGCUGGGAGUGAUCCGCACGGCGCACGUCCUGUGCCACGGGAUGGUGAGGAGGUCGGUGAAUUUGCUGAGCGCUUGAGGGAAUGGACAGAGGAGGAUUUGCGGCGUGAGACGGAUAAGAGGGUGAGCCUUUGGUUGAGGAGGCCAACUGGGGAGACUGUUGGGUUAUCGAAGGAAGAGGCUAGGGUUAUUGCUCAAGCUGCUGGUGGUAGUACGUGA